AGGAGUUGCCGCACACGGAAUCAAGCAUCGUGUAUUACCCACGGUAAUCCUCUCAGCAUGCGUUGGCGGGGACGUACUCUGUGGCGCUGCACGAGGCGCGGAAGCGGCCGAGGAGAGCAGGAUACCACAAGAAAGCGAGGAUGCGGAGUGGGUAGACGAAACGAACGAUGAUGUAACGUCGACUUUUGCUAAGUCUGAUCUAGUCGCGCUUCUUUCAACAACAUCGAGUAGAAGUCAAGCUCUUGCAUCUACCUCUGCCGCUGCACCUCCUCCGUCGACGCUAUCCGCUUUCCCGAGUUACACCUGUGCCCCAGGACAGACCCGAAUUUCCCUCGGACAUGCUGAAAGCUGGUAUGGCUACAGACCAGAGCCACGUUUUUUCUCCCGUCUGUGGCGCUGGUGGGAUCCGGCUUUCGAUCGCACGGAUCCACCGGGAUACGUCUACAUCGACACCACGCUUCCCAUCCAAAAGUCCGGUAUGGUCAGAAAAUGGCGGUUUUUUUCUGGUGUAGAUACAUCAAAUCGCGACUCCGCGUGGGCAGCGACAAGCAG